CACACCACUCCAGUCUGUCAAUUAACACGUCCAUCUGCCAUAACAAUGCCUCUCUUAUCAAAAUCCACAAAAAUAUUUGUUUAGGACUGUUUUCAGCUUCAUCUGUGCAGAUUUCUCUCCUGAUUCAAAACACUUUUUUUACUUGAGAAAGCAAUAUUAUGGAUUAUGGACUAAUUUUUUAGGUAAAAAGGGUCAAAAUAAAGAUGAUAAUUGAUGGACUGGAGUGGUGUGGAUUACUUAUGGAUUAUUUUUAUCAGCUGUUUGGACUCUCAUUCUGACGGCACCCAUUCACUGCAGAUGGUCCAUUGCUGAGCAAGCGAUGCAAUGCCACAUUUCUCCAAACUCAUCCUAAUCUUGGAUGGCCUGAGGAUGACAACAUUUUCAGCAAAUGUUCAUUUUUGGGUGAGCUAUUCUUUUAGAAGUGUGUGUAUAAAAAUAAAAGAUAGAAUUGCCAUUUAUGAAAUGAUGUAGAACAAACAAACAACUCUGGCUCAGACUUUAAGGGAAAUAAUCCUAAUUCAUGAUGCUUGAUUAUAGUUCUCAGCAUUAAUUUGGGUUCAUUGUUAGUUUACUGUAGUGUUCAUGCCACGUCUUGUAUGGGUUGAGAAACAUAUAAAUGUGUUUUUUGGGGGGUUCAGCUCUCUCUAGUGAGAGAAAGAGGGAACAGACCUCUAAAAAUAACCCAGAAUUUAACACCCACCUCCAGCCGUUCAUCAGACCAGAGCAGUCGACUCGGCUCAGCAAAGGCUCCCGACCCAACCUGAACACAAAAAUACAGAGAAAGAGACAGAUAUUGAAGUCAGAAGUGAUACUGAGACUCCUCGGGAUGAUCAAACAACAUCCAGUUGUUGAUUUACACGUAAAAUGAGACGUAGUUCUGCAUUCGGCCUGGUUUUCAUUUACGCUUCAGCCUUUGGGCCUUAUUUUUACCCUCUCAUGCUGUUUUAAUCGAAUGCGUGUUUGAAGAUGGCCUCAAGGAGGAAGUUUGGAGUGAAGUCUGAGGUUUCUGAAGAGAAAGAGGAAUAUGUGACACCAAACGGGUACGAGCUGGAGAAACACCUCACACACGGCAGCGUCGCCUACACACACGUCAAUGAGGUCUGGCCCAACGUCUACAUAGGAAACGAGUGACGGUUGUGUUUCUGUGAAGAAACAGCAAAGGACCGAUACAAGCUGAAGAGGAUGGGCAUCACGCACAUCCUGAACGCUGCGGAGGGCGAGUGGAACAGUGUGGAUACCGGCGCUGAAUACUACCGAGACAUGGACGUGCAUUACUACGGGAUCACGGCGGAGGACGUUCCUACGUUCAACCUCAGCCAGUACUUCUAUUCUGCUGCAGAACACAUGCACCAGACCCUCAGAAACCCCCAGAAUAAGCUUCUGAUUCACUGCGUGAUGGGCCGCAGUCGCUCCGCCACACUCUUCCUGGCCUACUUGAUGAUCUACGAGCACAUGACGGUCGUAGACGCCAUCGACCACGUCAAACGCCGGCGCCGCAUCAUCCCAAACUGGGGCUUCCUGAAGCAGCUGAGAGAGCUGGACACACACCUGCUGGAGCAGAGAAGAGCUCAAAACACACGAGCGGACGACAGCACAGAUGCAUAAACACUAAAAACAUUUACUGAGAUAAGAACUAUUUCUGUUUACAUUUCUGGAUGUAGACAGUGGCAGCCAGUGAAUAGUGUUUAAGUUUUAGGUAUGUUUAGGUUUAGUCUGAUUC